AUGACGCUGAGACUAUUGGAAGACUGGUGCCGGGGGAUGGACAUGAACCCUCGGAAAGCGCUGCUGAUCGCGGGCAUCCCCCUGAGCUGUACCGAGGCCGACAUUCAGGAAGCUCUGCAGGCGGGCCUGGCCUCCCUGGGUCAGCACCGACUGCUAGGGAGGAUGUUCAGGAGGGAAGAGAACAGGGUCGUAGCUCUAAUAGGACUCACUGAGGAGACUAGUCUCGCUGUGGUCCCUAGGGAGAUAGCGGGGAAAGGGGGCGCCUGGAGAGUCAUCUUUAAGCCCCCAGACCCAGAUAAUGAAUUUUUAAACAGAUUGAAUGAAUUCUUAGAGGGCGAAGGCCUGACUGUGGCUGAGUUUACCAGUGCUCUCGGUUAUGGGAACGACUCUUUUGAAGUAGGUCAGAACUUGGUCCCUCAGGUGGGGGCCCCAAUGUUGGCAGAGGCAUUAGACGAGGCUCUUCAGCCAGCCCUGCAAUACCUGAAAUACAGAAAGCUGAAAGUGUUCUCCGGCAGCGAGCCUCCGGAGCCCGGAGAAGAAGGGUUUGAUGCCUGGUUGUUUCAUACCACUCAAAUGAUGAAGGCCUGGCAGGUGUCCGAUGCAGAGAAACGAAGGCGAUUGCUGGAGUGCCUCCGAGGCCCUGCGUUUGAUGUCAUUCGUGUCCUCAAGAUAAACAAUCCUUUAAUUACAGUCCCCGAAUGCCUACAGGCACUGGAGCACGUCUUUGGGGUCAUCGAUAAUCCUAGGGAGUUGCAGGUCAAAUUUCUAACCACCUAUCAGAAGGCCGAAGAAAAGCUAUCUGCUUAUGUGCUGCGGCUGGAGCCUUUAUUACAGAAACUGGUAGAGAGGGGCGCAGUGGAGAAAGAAGUGGUGAACCAGGCCCGCCUAGACCAAAUCCUGGCUGGGGCCGAUGACAGAACACUUCGAAGGAAGCUCGAUCUGCCUGAGGACGGCCCAGCACCAGGCUUACUGCAGUUACUGACACUGCUGAAGGAAGAAGAGGCAGCAGAGGAGGAGGAGGAGGCGCUUCUCCAGGCAGGAUUAGAGGGAAACUUCACCUAA